AGGUUGAGCCCUUGCCCUGCCGCUGUUUUACAGUCAGCCUCAAAGAGAGUGGCAAACUCCCUGACAGUCACAGAGGAAGUUCAUAAGAAGGGAGAACUCCAAUGGAGCCCAGCCCUACCAGGAUUUGCAGACCCGGAAAAAGUCCCAGUUUUCCAGCGCCCUGCGGCCCUGGGGUCCCCUUGGCUCCUGCGCUCCAGACCUGGGGACAGAGGUCGCGGUAGCACAGAGGAAUGCCCUCCCGCCCUCCACCCCCGCCCGCUGCUGGGAGCGGGUCCCCUCAGCUCUGCACCCACUAAUUGGUCUCGUUCCGCUGCGGGCGGGAGAGCUCCAGCGGCGCCGAUCCGAGCCGUGUCAUCCGCUUAGCGCCCUCCGCACCUUUCGGCCCUCCCGCCCACGCCCGCCUCCCGCCGCCGCCCCCACCCCACCCCCACCCCGGCUCUGCACUCGUCGCGGGCCCAGGGCAUGCUCCGUGCUCCGACGCCCGGCCUCGGCUGCGGGGAGCAACAAGACCCGCCCGCGGAGACAUGGGGCGCGGCCUGCGGGCCGUCCUGGCCCUGGGGCUGCUGUUCCUCCGCCUGGCCCAGGCCAACUUCGCCCCCUACUUUUUCGACAACGGGGUGGGCAGCACCAACGGAAACAUGGCCCUCUUCAGCCUCCCGGAGGACACUCCUGUGGGCUCUCAUGUGUACACCCUGAAUGGAACAGACCCCGAGGGAGACCCCGUCUCCUACCACAUCAGCUUUGACCCCAGCGCUAGAAGUGUCUUUUCGGUUGACCCCAAUUUUGGAAACAUAACCCUGAUUGAAGAGCUGGACAGAGAGAGGGAGGACGAGGUUAAAGCUAUUGUCAGCAUUUCCGACGGCCUGAAUCUGGUGGCGGAAAAAGUCACUAUCCUGGUGACUGAUGCCAAUGACGAGGCACCCAGGUUCAUCCAGGAGCCCUACAUUGUCCAGGUUCCCGAGGACACACCUGCCGGGAGCAGUAUCGCCAAGGUCCGUGCAGUGGACAGGGACACAGGUUCUGGAGGGAGUGUCACCUACUUCCUGAAGAAUCCACACUCCACCCAGUUUUCUGUGGACCGCCACAGUGGUAUACUGCACCUCCAGGCCGGGGCCACCCUGGACUACGAGAAGGCCCCGGCCCACUUCAUUGCUGUGGUUGCCAAGGAUGGCGGAGGGAGGCUGCGAGGGGCCAGCGUGGUGCUCUCGGCCACCACCACGGUCACAGUCAAUGUGGAGGACGUGCAGGACAUGGCCCCUGUCUUCGUGGGCACGCCCUACUAUGGCUAUGUGUACGAGGACACCCUUCCGGGCUCAGAGGUCCUGACCGUCGUCGCCAUGGAUGGAGAUCGCGGCAAACCCAACCGCGUUCUCUACAGCCUCGUGAACGGCAGUGAUGGAGCCUUUGAAAUUAAUGAGACGUCUGGAGCAAUCUCCAUCACCCAGAGCCCUGCCCAGCUCCGGAGAGAGGUGUAUGAGCUGCAUGUACAGGUGACUGAGGUCAGCUCUGCAGGGACCCCAGCUGCCCAGGCCAUGGCCCCUGUCACCAUCCGGAUCGUGGACCUCAACAACCAUCCACCGACAUUCUAUGGAGAGAGUGGACCCCAGAACAGAUUUGAGCUGUCCAUGUAUGAGCACCCGCCCCAGGGGGAGAUCCUGCGGGGCCUCAAGAUCACUGUCAGUGACUCAGACCAGGGAGCCAAUGCCAAAUUCAACCUGCGGCUGGUGGGACCCGGGGGCAUCUUCCGAGUGGUCCCCCAGACGGUCCUGAAUGAAGCCCAAGUGACGAUCAUUGUAGAGAACUCAGCCACCAUUGACUUUGAAAAGUUCAAAGUGUUAACCUUCAAGCUCCUGGCCAUCGAAGUGAACACCCCAGAGAAGUUCAGCUCCACAGCGGACAUCGUGAUCCAGCUCCUGGACACCAAUGACAAUGUCCCCAAGUUCACCUCCCACUACUACAUUGCCAGGAUCCCCGAGAAUGCCCCAGGGGGCUCCAACGUGUUGGCUGUCACAGCCGUCGAUCCAGACACAGGUCCCUGGGGUGAAGUCAAAUACUCCAUCUAUGGAUCCGGGGCAGACCUCUUCCUGAUCCACCCAUCCUCUGGGAUCAUCUACACCCAGCCCUGGGCCAGCCUGGACGCCGAGGACACUGCCAGGUACAACUUCUACGUGAAGGCAGAGGACAUGGAGGGCAGGUACAGCCUAGCCGAGGUGUUCGUCACGCUGCUGGAUGUCAAUGACCACUACCCCCAGUUUGGAAAGCGCGUCCAGGAGAAGACAAUGGUGCUGGGGACCCCAGUGAAAAUUGAGGCCACAGACCAGGACGCAGAGGAGCCCAACAACCUGGUGGACUAUUCCAUCACCCACGCAGAGCCAGCCAACGUGUUCGACAUCGAUACACACACGGGGGAGAUCCGGCUCAAGAACUCCAUCCGCUCCCUGGAUGCCCUGCACAACAUCACACCCAGCGGGGACCACACGUGGUCACUAGAGGUGCAGGCCAAGGACCGCGGCUCCCCAUCCUUCAGCACCACGGCCUUACUCAAGAUUGACAUCAUAGACACUGAGAUGCUGUCCCGAAACCCCAUGGCUGCCUUCCUGAUGCAGACCAAAGACAACCCCAUGAAGGCCGUGGGUGUGCUGGCCGGCAUCAUGGCCAUUAUUGUGGCCAUAACCGUCCUCAUCUCCACCGCCACCUUCUGGCGCAACAAGAAGCCCAACAAGGUCCUGCCGGUGCGGCGUGUGCUCCGCAAGCGGCCCAGCCCUGCACCCCGCACCGCCGGCAUCAAGUGGCUCAAGUUCAGAAGGACCAAGGCCGCUGACAAGUUUGUGCUCAGAGAGGAUCCUCCCAAUGAGAACUGCAACAACAACAGCCUGGGAAGUGCACCGCCCCCCAAAGUCCCCGCUCCCCCUCCACCACCCAGCAUGGCACCCAGCAUGGCACCCAGCAUGGGACCAGCCCAUUGGAUGGUGCCUACAGUCUCUGGCUCACUCGCCCCUCAGCAACCCCAUCCAUCACCAAAACCCAAGGCCUUGGCAAAACACAAGGCUGCGGGAAGACCCGUCCAGUCAGCUCUGGUCUCUGAGCUCAGGCAAAAGUUUGAGAAGAAUGUGCAUAAUGAGGCUUACUUCUAGAACGUGUCCUGUGGUCCUUCUCUCCCAACCCGAUUGCCCAGCUGCUUGGGCCAUACUCCCCAGCUCUGCCCCUUAGGGUCACCCCUGUUUUGUGCAAUGGUGUAACCCCCAUAUCCAGGGCUCAGGACAGUGCCUUGGGCGAGGAAUUUAUUUCUCUGGUUAUGGAUGCAAUUGGCAAAUACUUUCCCGUCACCCAGAUCCUCGGCACAGGUUCAAUGCUGCCUGUUCUGCAGAGGCUGGGAGUUGACGAGGAGCCAGAUCUAUGUCUUCUACUCACCAACCCCAGAUCUCACAGUGUCUCUUGGGUCCUGCUGGGGCCCCAGCUUUCUCAGUCCAGGAGCAGGGCCCUGGCCACAUGUGACAAGGUCAACUAGAACCUGGAUCCUGAAGUCUUCAGCUAAGAACAGGAGCAGAAAAAGGGGGUUCAGUGCUGACUAAGGUUGAGGGUCAGCAAACCUUGCAGGCUGUAGGAGACCAAAUGCAGCAGGGGAGGGCAAAGAUGCACCAAAAACUCACGCUGACUGUGGACCUGU